UGUUCUAAGAAAUAUCAACAUACAACUUUUCUUUUUGCCAAUAAUCCCUCUUCUCAACAUUACUAUAAAUACUCCCUCACUUCACAUGGCUAACCAAAGAACCAUACACAAAUUAACUAACUCUUAUCAAACCCCAACCACCCCUCCUCUAAAAUCUCUACCUUCUUCUUCUUCUUCUUCUUCUACUAUGGCGGUGGCGAAGAUGUCGUCGGAUCCUCUUGUUGUCGGAGGAGUGAUCGGAGAUGUCGUCGAUGCCUUCUCCCCGACGGUAAAGAUGAUGGUCACUUACCAUUCAAACAAGAAGGUGUGCAAUGGCCAUGAGUUGCUUCCAAAUUUUGUAACCCUAAAACCUAAGGUUGAGGUUCUCGGAGGUGACCUUAGAUCCUUCUUCACACUGGUCAUGACUGAUCCAGAUGUUCCUGGUCCAAGUGAUCCUUACUUAAGAGAGCACCUCCACUGGAUGGUUACAGACAUCCCAGGGACAACAGAUGCCACUUUUGGAAAAGAAAUAGUGAAAUAUGAAGUUCCAAGUCCAAAUAUAGGGAUUCACAGAUUCGUGUUCCUUUUGUACAAGCAAAAACGAAGACAAACAGUGAAGCCACCUCAUCCUUCAACUUCAAGAGAUGGUUUUAAUACAAGAAAAUUUGCAUUAGACAAUGAUCUUUCCCUUCCUGUUGCUGCUGUCUAUUUCAAUGCUCAAAGGGCUACAGCCGCCAGAAGAAGAUAAUAAAUAAUUAUAUAUAUUUUUAUUAAGAAAAAAAAAAACCCAAAACUCAAAAUAAAAUAUUAUAUCGAAAAAAAAUAUAUAUCAUUUGAGAUAUAUUGGAAUAAAAUUGUGGGUAAUGAAUUUGCAUGUGUAGAGAGAGACAGUGAGGCUGUCCUUAUUUAUGUUCGCUUUGUUAAUGUUCUAAACUUCUUGUACUUUCUCCUUGCUUCCAAAUCCCACUCUCAUUUUUA